CAGUCUUACUGUUGCUGAUAUCAUUUCCGUUUCCUGUCGGCCAUCACGCUUCUGUCAUUGCUGCGUCUGGAUCGGUGCAAAAGUUAAAGAAAAUGGCAGGCCGACGCGCAGCAUUGAAGUCCAUUGACUGGUUGGCCUUUGCCGAGAGGGUGCCACCCAAUCAGAGGGCCAUGUUCAACAACCUCAAAACUCGCAGUGAUGCCAUCGCUGCAAAACUGACCUCCCUCCCAGAGAAGCCAGCAGCCAUUGACUGGGCCUACUACAGACAAACUGUACCUAAAGCAGGCAUGGUGGACGACUUUGAGAAGAAGUUUGCUGCUUUGUCCAUCCCUGAGCCAGUUGACACAGAGACAUCAAAGAUUGCCGCACAGGAGCAGGAAUCGAACAAACAAGCACUUGACUACAUCCAGGCAUCUAAGGCUCGUAUUGGCAUGUAUCAAGCUGAGCUGGAGAAGUUCAACAACAUGAUUCCCUUCGACCAGAUGACCAUCGAGGACCUCAACCAUACCUUCCCUGAGACUAAGUUGGACAAGGAGAAGUAUCCAUACUGGCCCCACAAGCCUAUUGCUGACCUGUAAAUUGUUAGAAAUGCCCACUCUAAGUAAUAUUACACCCCACUUAUACAAUUGUAUAGUCCUGUCUGUGUAUACACCUGUUUGUUUCAGGAGUUGGUGACUCAGGAUCAUAUUCUGAGGAGUAAAAACUUUGAAAUUCA